AUGGUCGUUGAAGCUUCACUACUUGAUAAAUUAGACGAGGUUGAUGCAUUUCUUUCUGGCCAAGAAGGAAAGAUUGAAAGAAAUCGGGACCCCAAAAUGUGCAGACAUAAUGUAAAACAAAAGUGCACUCAUUGCCUGCCAAUUGAUCCUUAUGAUGAAGAAUAUUUGAAAGCAAAAGAUAUUAAACAUAUGUCUUUUCAUUCAUAUGUGCGAAAAUUAACUGAAGGAAGUGGGAAAGGUUCUCAGCUCAAGAAACCACUGGAGAAUUUAAGAUGUACCAUCGAUUUAACUUGUGUUGCACACAAACCAUUUCCUGCUGGAAUAUGUACACGAUGCAAGCCUGCUGUAGUCACUCUGAACCGACAGCGUUUCCGUCACGUCGAUAAUAUUUCUUUCGAAAACGACAGCUUGGUUAAUGAGUUUCUGAACUUUUGGAGAAAAUCAGGCAAGCAAAGAGUUGGAUUCUUGCUCGGAAAAUACAAUCCUUUCAAUGAAGUUCCUUUGGGUAUUAAAGCAACUGUGAGUGCAAUAUACGAGCCUCCUCAGUUAUCGCAUGCAGAUAGCGUGUCUUUCAUAGAAGACGAGAAUGAAAAAAAUGUAGACAAGCUGUGUUGCUGGUUAGGCAUCAAAAGAGUUGGAUGGAUUUUCUCUGACUUGUGGUCUGCUGACAGCAUCAAGGGCACUGUACAUUGUACAAGAAAUAAGGAUACUUUUCUGCUGAGUGCUGAAGAGUGUAUUACUGCUGGGCACUUACAGUCAAAAUAUCCGAAUGUUACGGAUUAUAGCACAGAUCGCUACUUUGGUUCGAAAUUCGUUACAGUUGUAGCUAGUGGGGAUGAGAAUGAAACAGUGAACUUCCAUGGAUAUCAGGUCUCUAAUCAAUGUAGCUCGUUAGUCGAUGCUGAAGUACUCUGUCCAUCGAAUCAUCCCGAGUUGGCAUAUAUAAGAGAGAAGCCUUUGAAUGAUAAGCACUAUAUCACAGAUGUACAAUACACGGAGAAAAAUGAAUAUGGAGCCGAAGUGCGGAAAGAUGGCAGACCUCUUCCAGUCGAAUAUUUACUGGUGGAUGUACCUGUAGGUAUGCCGAAGGAGCCUCAGUUCACCUUUACGGUUCCGAAAAAAAUUCAGUUCAUGAUUGAAAAUCGAAAUGAGAGUUCGAGUUCUCAAAACAAUAACUUCAACCAGUACAGCUCAGAGUUUGCUCCCAACCAGUUUUUAGAACAAGCGUCAAACUUCCAUUUUUUGAUGUAUCUUCUCACCAAUAACAUUGUAAAGUUCACCGACGAAGAAAUACAGGGCCUCUGCAAAGCCGUUGUGUCUCGGGAUCGAGGGGCAGCGAUGGAUUGGGCCAAGCAUUGUAUUAAUUGGCAACAGUUUCAGGCUCUUCUUUCGGAACACAAUACUACAGAUUUCGAUCCUAUGGAUGUUGGGCAGCACUGGUCAUGCAAGCACUGUACCUAUGUGAACACUGUACCACGUACUGACUGUGCCAUCUGCAGCCUGCCUUCUAGUUAA